GGCGCCGCCGUGACGUCCUGUUCUUCCAGUGACCUUCAGGUCCCGGGGAGACGUCGGCGAGCGAGAGGCCUCUGCCUGUGCGCUGAUUGGUCGUGAGCUGAGGCCAAUCCCGCCCUCCGUUUUCCGUUCUGCAGAAGGCGCUGGGGUCUCGGCCGAAUCUCGGGUUUCUAGACCCUGAGCUGCUCUGCAAGUUACCAUGCCGCGUGGAAGUCGGAGCCGCACCUCCCGCAUGGCCCCUCCGGCCAGCCGGGCACCUCAGAUGAGAAUGGCACCUAGACCAGCGCCAGCAGCUCAGCCUCCGGCAGCGGCUCCACCAGCUGCUGUUGGCUCACCUGCUGCUGUGCCCCGGCAGCCAGGGCUCAUGGCCCAGAUGGCAACCACUGCAGCUGGCGUGGCUGUGGGCUCUGCUGUCGGGCACACGAUAGGUCAUGCCAUCACUGGGGGCUUCAGUGGAGGAGGCAAUGCUGAGCCUUCAAGGCCUGACAUCACUUACCAGGUAAGAUUUGGGGCAGUGUUGCUGUUCAGUGGUGUGUUACGAGAAAACCUAGUUAUUUGUAAGUUUCUUAUGUAUAGGAGCUGUCUGUAAUUUAAUUUUUAAUUUUUUUAUUUUUUUAAAGAU